UGUACUCCGUACUCGACAACAGUGGAAAAAUCCGAAUUUGUGUGGGAUCAGCUGAUUAGCGUUCGUUAUUUCUUUCAGCAUAUUUCCACAGAUGUGACAAAUGACGAUGACAAUUAACAAAUAUGAAAUGUCAUGGGUGUGCACAUUUUGCUAUCUGGGCAGUCAAGGCACAACUUACAACUCGCACGGAGACUUCGUUAUUUGCAUUUGAGACAAAUGAAUGACAAGGAACCCCGUAGAAAACUACGAUGAGACUGGAAGCGCUGCCGAACGAAAUUUUGUUUCGAGUAUUUUCAUUUCUCGAUGCCGCCUUCAUCGUCGAUGUGCUCAGCAAAGUUUGCACGACUUUUGAGGCUGUGAUAAAUGAUCAUACAUUCUGGAAAGGCAAGCUUUUUCAACAAUGGCCAAAGACAUAUCCUGUUGUACCAGUGAAUGACUCGUUUGAUUGGAAAAGGGCCUGCUUUGACCGAGAAGAACAUUACAAGGUGUGGACAUCAUGGGGACGAAACGUGACACCGAUUUAUUUUGAGUCUCCCCACAUCGGUUUUGUCAAUGUCGUUCAACUUCUGAACAAUGGCUCACUUUGUGCAUCUGGUUCGAGAGACAAAGACAUUAAACUUUGGAAUAUUAAAGCAGACAGAAAUGGUGACGUAUUGGAUUCAAGUCAGAGACUCGUGCAUGCUCUACCGGAUGCACAUGGGGGAUGGGUAUGGUGCAUGUGUGCACAUGACAACACACUGUACAGUGGUGGAUGGGACAGCGCAGUGAAGAUGUGGGAUCUGGAUCAUGGUCUUGCCCAGAUUAAUUCGUUAAGAGUCAAGACCGCCGUGCUAUGCCUGUGUAACGUCGGAAACCUGUUGUCCUUCGGCACCUAUGGAGGAUCCAUAUAUUGCCACGACAAGCGCGAACCUGCGGGCAACCUUAGGCGCCUUCUCGGAGCCAAGUCAUCGAUCACCUGCAUGGCAAUGGAUGACAGGGCACUGAUCGCAGGAUGCCAGGGCGGCCACUUAGCUGUGGUCGAUCUACGGACGUGGAAAAUGAGGGAGAACUUUUCUGAGUUUGACGGAUAUCCUUCUGCAGUUUCUUACGACAUGGAGCAGCUUUGGGUCGGAACUCGAUGCGGUUCUGUAUACAUAGUUGACGCCACGGGUGACAAGCUUAAAAGUGUUCAGAGCUUUUCAUUAGCCAAGCAAGCAAGCGUUGUGUCCGGAAUCCACCAUUCUCUGGGCAGUGUCCUUGUAUCCAUCUUGGAGUCUCCGAUGUAUGUUCUGGAACCAACGUUGGAUGCUGAAGUGAUCUCUCUUGGAGCUCCGAAGGAUAAUGUGGACAGGUUUCAGGUACACGGAACCACCUUAGUGACGGCAGGACGUUCCACAAUUAAAGUGUGGCACCCACAAUAAAUUGAAACAGCUGUGCCUCUUUUUAAGGCUCCUAACUUUACAGUGGCUUUUGGUUCAGUGCAUGGGUUUGUGCGAAUGAUGGACUAUAAUUUUUAAUUUUAAAUAUAGGCUUUUGCUGUUGUAACGUUUAUUGAGCACUUAUUUAUUUUUACACUAAUAAUUUAUUUUGUCUACAUGUUUUUAGUAUCCAUAUGCAUGUUUGCGUAUUGCUGUGCAUCAGAAUGCUAGAACAACAAAUCUACUCACAUAUUUUUGUGGAUUUUUAUGCAAAGGUUUGUUAAAUAAACCGGUUUUCCUAAUGA